AUGGAUAUCCCAACUCUGAUGUACAAUCUACAGCUGAAUCUAAGGGAGGAAGUAACUUGCUCGGUGUGCAUGCAACUGUACACAAACCCUAAGCAACUGCCUUGCUUACAUAUUUUUUGCCUUCAAUGUCUGAACAACUUAGCUCAAACCAGCGCCCGUUAUGACAAGAUUAAAUGUCCGCUCUGCCAGAGAGAAGUCGCAGUUCCCGGGAGUGGUACUUUGGAAACUCUACCUGACUGUUUUCACAUGAAAAAUCUACUGGAUAUUCUAGCCUUUAGAGAAUGCAACAAGGCAAAGGUUACUUGUGGAAACUGUCAGACGAAACGCGAAGAAGCAGCCUAUUGUUUUCACUGCGGCAAGUUCUGGUGCAAUGAUUGUUUAAACGGACAUAACAUUUUACGAGAAAACAAAGAACAUCGCGUCCUUGCUCUCACAGACUUUGAAGACAAGGAUUUUGAGCAUGUUCUCAAGCGGCCAGUAUUUUGUCAGAAAGAGCUCCAUGACAAAGAAGUACUCAAGUUCUAUUGUAAAGAAUGUAAUGUUCCCGUGUGUCAAACUUGUGUUAUUGUAGAACAUAAUAAACAUGAUGUGGAGCAUUUGGAAGUUGCUGCCAGAGAGGUGAAGGGAAGCAUUGCUUGUAAACUAGACGUUGCGAAGGAAUCGUCGAACACAAUUUCCAACUGCAUCAGAAAGCUAGAGAAAAAUUCCCUCUUACUGGAACAUCGUACAAAAAUUAGCAAGGAACAAAUUCAUGAAAUUGUCAACUCACUUAUCGUGACUCUUCGACAAAAGGAACAGGAAUCAAUUGCAGAAGUGGAAAAACAGUAUCUGACGGCCCAAGAACGGAUAAGGACAAGCAAAGAUGAAUUACAGGAUCAGUUAGAUAAAAGGAACAAUUCCAUUUCACAGAUUGAGGCUCUUGUCCAACGAAGCCCGGCAGCAGAACUUGUGAGAGCCAAAACCAUCAUAAAUGAGAUGUCUCAAGGACUGUUAGAGCCACAAGAUAUGCAGCCAACUGCUGACAGAAAUGUCACUUUUUCCCAGUAUUUUUCAAGAAUGAAGAAUUCCCUAAAAUCAUCCAACAGUCAAGAAUUGGGAACCUUGAUGAAGUGCCGGAAACUGAAACAGAACUGCGAAAGUGCACAAUAGAAGGAUUAAAGGAGGGUACGGAGGGUUUGGAGUCACAGUUUGACCUAAUUACUCGAAAUUCCAAAGGAGAACAGCACUACCGUCCUGCGGACGUGAUCAGUGUUGACAUUGUUUCAAACCAAAAUGAACACGUUGCCGAGGAGAUUAUCAUUACUGAUGAGAAAAAUGGCAGGUACAAAAUUUUCUACAUUCCCAGAAAGGCUGGAGAGCAUUUAAUGAGGGUUAGAAUAAACGAAGAGGAGAUGAAAGAAUUACCACUAGCCUUAAGAAUCACGGAACGAUAUUUCACGCCCCUGAGAUGUAUUAGAGUAGGAACCACAGAGGCAAUUAAACUGAAAUUUCCAUGGGGAGUUGCUGUGAGUGACUCCAAUACAAUCUUUGUGAGUGAUAUGAAGAACAAUCGUAUUGUUGUUUUCGCUGAAAAUGGUGAGUUCAUCAGAUCCUUUGGAGAAAAUGUUCUUCGCCGCCCAACAGGUUUGGUUGUUGAUAACACGGGUGGAUUAAUUGUAGUAAAUAGACUUGAUGGCAAAAUAUUGUCAUUUACAUCAACCGGCGAAUACAUUGGGCCUUUUUACAAUGGUGAUGAACUGAAAGAACCCCGAGGAAUAGCGCUGGAUUCAAAAGGAAAUUAUAUUGUCUGUGACGUGGGAAAUGGAUGUGUCCGGUUUAUUUCUCCCCAAGGAAACAUUUUCAAGACUAUUGGGAACGUGUUUUUGAAACUACCUGUUGACUGUGUUUGCUAUGAAAAUAAAAUCUUUGUUUCUGAUGGAGGAGCCCAUCUUGUUAAGGUUUACAAUAGCAAUGGAAAACAUUUGUAUCAGUUUAGAAGACAAGGAAGUGGGGAUGGAGAGUUUGAAAGGCCAUCUGGACUAGCAAUAGACAAAACAGGCCACCUUCUUGUUUGCGAUUUCAAUAGCAAUAGAAUACAGGUCCUUACUUUGGAGGGAGAUUUUGUCACAAAAUUUGGGAACUAUGGGAAAAAAACGGGGGAAAUGAAGGGCCCUAAUUACAUUUCUGUACUAAAAAGCGGACACUUUGUUGUUUGUGAAUAUAAAAAUAAUCGUUUACAAAUUUUUGAAUAGCUCAGGAAAGGCCUUCACUGAACUAGCAAAACAAAAAAGUAAGUCUAAUCAGAGUACUAAAUGUUUACAGUAGGAACAGUGCAGUGGGGUGGAUAUGGGGAGCGGCUCCACACACCAACCUUUACUUUCUGUUGCCGAGCCUAAUGCAUCUUGAUUAUAGAUCAAGUACUACAGACUGUAUUACAUUGGCAAUUUUAAAAUUGUUUUGGCCAAAGCUGCAUCUUCAGCCUCCCUUUUUUGUUAAUUUGGAUCGGCCUCAGGCUUUUCCGAAUUCAAUUUACGUGGUUUCGUGAAAUAUGGACUCAAACGGGAGUUUCCUUAAGUUUGCAGAUUGAACAACAUUAGUAACUAAAACGCCGUGUGUAGUACUCUCAGCGGCGUCCUGAAACAAAAAACUAGGCUUAAUAUGAUUUGCCGGUUGUAACCGCAUCAGGAAAGCUUUCUUUACUAACAUUAAUUAGCAGGUAAAAUAUGAGUUUCCGUUCUUUAAACAAGCCAUAACAGACAUUUACAAGUCCAGGUGAAAUAUUUUAAAGAAGCGCAAGGACCAAGCCGCCAAUGAAAGUAGAUUAGAAAUAGAUUUUUUAAAAUAGGUUUUGUUGAUUUUUGGUGACGUUAAAGUUUACUAAAUAAAUUAAAGUUUAUUAAGAACUUUAGGUAUUUCAAUAAUCUUAUUGAAGUAUAAGAAGUACGUUUCUUGUCAAUACUAAACUUUGCCCGAAAUUGUCUGUGAUGUGUUGAUAUUUAAUAAUGGAUUGGACAGUAUCAGUUUCUUGUAUAUAUGCGUUAUUGAUCAAGCGUGAAGUGAGAUGGAUGGAUAUUGGCCAAAAUGCAAGUUCUUUUUUGUGUUUUUAUGGACCAAAACGAAGUCGAAGUGUAUAAAAACCCAAAACCAGGCCAAUACCUAUCAAUUUUGACUCAACUUUAGUCAAAAUUGAUAGAUAUCAUGUAUCGUAACUUUUUCUUUCGGGAUUAACGCGGGAAAUGAGACUGAGAAAUUCUCUUAGACUAAUGUUCAGAACAAGAAACAGUCUGGGAAAUGGGUUUGGGUACCUGAUAUGAUACGGAUAUGAGCUUAUAGAACCUUCGGGCCUGAGGACAUUAGCAUCUCCGAGCGAUCAAAAUACACUGGAAAGACAUGUGCCAUUAGGCAGGCAAUUCGACCCUACUUCAGCAAAGAUUCCAAUCCUUAGCCGGAUUCCGGAUUCUUAGAGCUGAAUUCCGGAUUCCGAAGCCCAGGAUUUCCUAUUCCACAAGCAAAAAUUUCCGCGGAGUUUUUUUUACACGAGGCGAGUUACACGAAUUUUGAAUAAGGCUCGUCAUUCAAAUCCAUACAUAACCAAAAUAAAUGCACAAUGUUAACAAGAAAAGCAAUUACACUAAAAAGAAUCGUUCUUGGUAAACCUGAAUGGCAGGAGUCGAUUACCGGCUCCUGUGAAUGGUCAUUAUUGCAUGGUUUCUGCAUUAGGUCUGAUGCGCGUCCACGUAAUGCCUGUAAAAUAUCGUGACUAUUCCCAGUUCGCGUGACAAAGAUGAUGAAAUGACAAAAAAUUAUUUCAAAUUACCAUGACCUGCAGACCCGGGAAUUAUAUAAGUAUCUUUAUAAAUUCUAAGAAAUCACGAGGCGCUACGCAACAAUAAUCCAGGUGUCACUUUAUUUUAAUAACUUAACUCCAAGUUAAUAUCAAAAUACCGAAUAAUUCAGAUCGUCUUUGGAACAGUUUCGAUACCUCCCAUUCAAACAAGAUGGAUGUCUCAACUCUGAUGUACUUUAGAAUUUCGUCAUAGUUAUGAUUAUAAAAAUAAUAGCAUUUUUUAUUGCAGUAGUUUCCACCUAAGACUAUAAAUAUCGGUAUUUUGAACGACUGAAGCCUACAAUAAGGGGUUAAACGAAUUCUGCAUAAAGUAAAUCAUUUUAAUUCAUGAAUACACUAGUUUCCCGUAGCCUUGCACGCAGCUCAUUUAAGCCCCCUGCAAACGGACGCAACAUUGUUGCCCAACAACUGGCAACAUUGUUGAAUGUUACAUGUUGCGUCCGUUUGCACACCCUGUUGCAUGUUGUUGAGAGUUGUUGGGAAAAGUUUGAAACCGGUCAAACUUUUAGCCCCGAGCAAACGAACGCAACGUUGCUGGCCAACAACUCCCAACAUAGUUCCUUUGUAAAUUAGGACUGAUUCGCCUCCUUUAUGUUCGCUUGUUCAUUAAUAAAAAGAAAAAGAAAAAAAAGAAAACAAUUGCAUGAUAUCGUGACUGUUUCAGUUCGCGUGACAAAAAUGAGAAACGUUGCGAAUGAUAUAUACUCAAAAAACUAUGACCUUAGACCCGGAAAUCAUAAAACAUCUUCCUCUAAUUCUAAGAAAUAAAGACACACUGCGCGCGCAACAUUGUUUUCAGAGUCGUAUACUUGGAUGGGUUGUCCACGAAUAUUUUAAAAAAGCUGAGGUCGACUUUUGAACAGUUUUGAUAUUUUUAUUCAAACAAGAUGGAUGUCCCAACUCUGAUGUACAAUGUAAGGGAGGAAGUAACUUGCUCGGUGUGCAUGCAACUGUACACAAAUCCUAAGCAACUGCCUUGCUUACACGUUUUUUGCCUUCAAUGUCUUAACAACUUAGCUCGAACCAGCGCCCGUUAUGGCAAGAUUAAAUGUCCACUCUGCCAGAGAGAAGUCGCAGUUCCCGGGAGUGGUACUUUGGAAACUCUACCUAACUGUUUUCACAUGAAGAAUCUGCUCGAUAUUCUAGCCAUCAAAGAAUGCAACACUGCAAAGGUUACUUGUGAAAACUGUGAAAGGAAAAGCGAAGAAGCAGCCUAUUGUUUUCACUGCGGCAAGUUCUGGUGCAAUGAAUUUAUGAACGCGCACAACAUCUUUCGAGAAAACAGAGAUCACCGCGUCCUUGCUCUUAAAGACUUUGAAGACAAGGAUUUUGAGGAUGUUCUUAAGAGGCCAGUGUUCUGCCAGAAGGAGCUUCAUGAUAGAGAAGUACUCAAGUUUUAUUGUAAAGAAUGUGAUAUUCCAGUGUGUCAAACUUGUGUCAUUGUCGAUCACAAUAAACACGAUGUGGAGCAUUUGGAACUAACCGCUAGAGAGGUGAGGAAGAACAUCAUAUCUAAGCUGGCUGCUGCAAUGGAGACAUCGGAGGAAAUAUGCUACAACUACAACACCGGAGAGGAGAAAAAGUCCCGCCAAAUUGACGAUUGUACUGACAACAACAAGAAGCGUAUACGACAAACAGUUAAAACCCUGGUCUCGAUUCUUCAUCAAAAAGGGGAAGAAUUGAUAGCCGAAGUAGAAAACGAGAGAAAAAUAGCGCAAGAGGAACUUAGGAAAAGCGCAGAUGCCUUUCAGGAUUUUUUUAGAAAGAGGGAGGAAUGCAUCUCAAAUAUUGGGGCUCUUGUCGAACGCAGCACGAGUGCAGAUUUGGUCAGGACGUCGACCAAGAAAACCAUAGAUGAGCUCUUCCAAGGACUUCAAGAGCAACAAGAUAUGCCAUCUACGACCGAGAGAAUAGUAUAUUCCAAAGUGUUCGUUAAGAACCAAGCAGUCUCUACAGUCCUUGAAGAAUCAGUCAUUGGGCGCCUUGAGCAAUCUCUAACGGAAGCAAAGCAGUGUUUCGUUGAUGACUUUAUAUCAGUUACUGCCGGGCUUGCGAAGGAAAUUGAAGUGAUCACGAGGAAUUCUGAGGGAGAACAGUACUAUUGUGCAGGAGAUUAUAUUACUGUGCAGCUUAUCUCGGUGAAUGAAGACCUUAACAUCAAUUGCAUUGCUGAAGAAGCAAAAAUCGUUGAUUGGCAAAAUGGCAGGUACACGGUUUCUUUCAUCCCAAGUGAAAGUGGACAACAUUUGUUAACUUUUCAAGUAAAUGGGGAAUACAUUGCAAAAUUCCCACCUGUUGAAAUAAAUGAACGAUGCUUCAAGUCGUUAAGAUUCUUUGGAGAAGGAGCUAUCGACGGUCGAAAAUUGCGCAAGCCCUGGGGAAUAACUGCCAAUGACUCGAAUGAAAUCUUCGUAAGCGACAUGAACAACAAUCGUAUUGUGGUUUUCAACGAAAAUGGGGAAUUUAUCAGAUGUUUUGGACAAAAUACCCUUAAGUGCCCAAAUGGGGUGGUUUUUGACAAUACAGGGAGAAUUUUUGUGGGAAAUCGACGUGACAACAAAAUAUUAGUGUUUGGGCAAAACGGAGAAUACAUUUCAACAUUUCACAAUGCCAGUUCACUAAGCGAACCUCGGGGAAUAUCAUUUGAUGCUGAUGGAAAUCUUAUAGUUUGUGAUGCGGGAAAUAAAUGUGUUAGGUUUUUUUCUCCUGAUGGGAGCAUUGUUAAGACGAUAGGUUCUGGUAGAUUACGUAUGCCAAUUGACUGUGUAUGCCAUAAUAGCAAAGUGUUUGUUUCUGAUCGUGAUGCCCAUUUGAUAAAGGUCUACAAUAGUAAUGGUAGAUUUUUGUAUGAGUUUGGAACCCAUGGAACUGGGGAUGGAGAGUUAAAUCAUCCAACAGGUCUAGCAGUGGACAAAAUGGGACAUCUUCUCGUUUGCUCCUUAGAUAAUCAUCGAGUGCAGAUUUUUACUUUAGAUGGGAAGUUUGGGGAAUAUGGACAAGAGUUGGGACAAAUGUUCAGUCCUUCCUCCGUUUCUGUGCUUAAAAGUGGUCGCAUUGUUGUGUGCGAGUUUCAAAACAACCGCUUACAAUUAUUUGAAUAG